GCUCACGCACCUGCUCUGUGGCGGCAGCACUGGGAGGACAAGAGGCCAGCGGACUGCUCGGGGAGCUCAGCGUAGGUGUCCUCGAACCCCGAUGGCAAACUUCCAGGGCCACGCUCUCCCAGGGAGUUUCUUCUUGAUAGUUGGACUAUGGUGGUCAGUGAAGUACCCACUGAAGUACUUUCAUCAAAAGGGGAAAAGGAGCCAACUGAUUCAUUAUUAUCAGCGUCUAGAGAUCAUUGAAGCCGCAGUCAGAACUUUAUUUUCGGUCAUUGGGAUCCUGGCAGAGCAGUUUGUUCCAGAUGGACCCCACGUCCACCUGUACCAUGAAAAUCACUGGAUAAAGUUAAUGAACUGGCAGCACAGCACCAUGUAUCUAUUCUUUGCAAUCUCAGGAAUCACUGAUAUGCUCACCUAUCUCGUAACCCACGUUCCCUUGGGGGCUGACCGAUUGGUUAUGGCUGUGGCAGCAUUCAACGAAGGUUUUCUCUUCUACCACCAUGUUCAUAACCGACCACCAUUGGACCAGUACAUCCACUCACUCCUGCUGUGUGCUGUGUUUGGGGGGGCUCUCAGUAUCUUCUUAGAGGUGAUCCUUCGGGACAAUAUUGUGCUGGAACUUUUCCGGACCAGCCUCGUUAUUCUUCAAGGCACCUGGUUCUGGCAGAUUGGGUUUGUGCUGUUCCCACCCUCUGGAGCGCCCACCUGGGACCAGCAAGACCACGCGAACAUCAUGUUCAUCACCAUGUGCUUCUGCUGGCACUACGCAGCUGCCCUCUGCAUUGUGGCCAUCAACUACUCUCUUGUUUGCUGCCUUUUGCCUCGGUUCAAGAGGCAUGGAGGAGAAAUCAUUGGGAUUCGGAAGCUGAAGUCAGAUCACACUUGCCAGAAGGCCCUUUUGAGUGGCUCAGAUGAGGAAUGAGAGGCCAUCAGUCAUCAAUGGGGGUGGGUUCCUUUGAGCACAAACAGCUAGUGUUCAAAGGUAUAGCUCAUCUUUAAUGCUUGCAUUUUAAUGCUUGCUUUGGUCUGCUCUUACAGUUCUAUGUAUUUGCACCUUCUUAGUUGACUAAAGUGUGUGUGGGCGUGGUAUCGUUCAUAAAGCAAAACGAAGCAAGGCUGUGUCUCUCAGAAAUCAGAAACUGAAAGUUUCAGAAUAGGAAGUGGCUUCAUGGACAAAUCCAAAAUACGAAUCCAGCAGAACUUACUGCUUUUGAUGAUGUAACUUUUCUUUCUUAAGAAAGCAGGUGGUUUAUCAGAAAGUAAGGGAAUGGCAGUGCCUUUAUUUUAGAGAUGCAAUUCUAACAUGUGUUUUUGAAAAGUAGUAAUUCACAAGCUUUGGUAUUUUCAAUGUUCCUUGUUAAAACAUCUCCUAACUAAUCAUAGUAUUCCAGAGUACUGCAAUACCACUGUUGAUAAGUGAUAAAGUUAAGCCAAAGGCGAUUUUUUUUUUUAAUUAGGAAGCUAGUUAGUGGCCCAGCUGAGAGCUGGAACUCAGAUGUUCUGAUUCCUCAAAAGUACCCUCGUAAGACGAUGCUGACAGGAAAUCUGUAUAAUGAGGUAGAGAGAAAAAUGUCAGGCCUUGAAUUUAAAUACAGCUGAAAGCACACGAUAAGAAUCUUGAACUAGUAAUAUAAGUUUUUAUACUCUAGUCUUGGUUCUGGAUCUGUUCUUUUUUUUAAAACUUCCUUCAACGAAGAUUUAUUAAACAUCUACUUUGCAUUGGCACUGAAAUGGUUGUAAGUAUUAACAAAUAUGUGUCCAGCAAGGAAUCCAGUCUAAUGGGAGAGCUAUGCCAGCAGUUCCAUACAGGGUGACUGGUGCCAACAGGGUAAGUACAUACAACCACGCGAGAUAAAGGAGGGAGGACAAAUGGAAAGUUUGCCCCAUAGAAAAACCACAGUCAAGGCCAAGAAAACAGUCUGCACAAAGGCAAUGAAAGAAAGGAAGAACAUGCAGAGUUAAAUGUAUUAAGUUCUAUAAACUGGUAAAAGUGGGUUAGGACUAAUUUGGAAGGUCUUAUAGACCAAACAGUACCGUUCAUUUGUUUGGCAUUUUUCAGAUUUUGAAAUAUGUAUCUCACUUGUUUCUCACAACCACCUGUAAUGUAAGUACAUCAGGUUCUUCAGAGAAGUUGAUUAGCCUAAGGCCAUACAGCUACUAAGUUGUAGAACCAGUCUUCAGUAGAACUCAAAAGCCAGCUUUUUUCACCUCUGUCCCUCUGCUACUUGACAUAAAUAUGGCAGAGAUCAUUUAUCUGAAGCACUGUAUGCGCUUGAAGAAAUACUGUACUCAGUGAAAGGUAACCUCCCGUAAUUAGCCAGCAUUUCAGAGUUGAAGUCACAGCUUAGGGGUUAAGAAUGAGGUACUUGAAAACAUCCAUUUAAUUUUUAGAGAACCUGUGGGUCCCCUUUCAGGAUCCACUCUGGUUUGCUUGCUGAGUAGAAACCUAAACAUUCAUUCAACAAGUACUAGAGGACCUACUGUUGGCAAUUAAUGUAAAACAUGUUCUUUCCUUAGGGACUGGAGGUGGGAAGAAGGAACCUAUUCUUGGCUUUACUCCCCAAGU